UUCAAAUAUUGAGCAGCAACCCUUUGACGCUAUUAAUACAUUGGCCGCGAUUGAUCCAGACAGCGCAGCCGAUGACAGUUAUCGAUCUCACGCAAGAUGGCGAUGAAGAUGCCACCAUCAACGUAACAGACAAACCUCACAUCCUACCUGAUUCAACUCCGGCGCACGUCGAGAAUCCAAUAGGAUCCAGCGGCGAACCACUUCCUGGACCCAGCGGCGAACCAGCAAGAAAGAAGCCUAUAAAAACGAAUCGUCCCACCUCGCCGGUCAGUCCUGGACCAGAUGGCGAACCACCGAGAAAGACUUAUCGUUUUACAGCGGUGGUCCGACCAGAACCGAACGGCGAACUACCGAGAAAGGCUUAUCGUUUUACCCUGGCGAUCAGUCCUGAGAGCUCUCCAAAGAGGAAAACUCUUUGUCUGACACCACCGAACAGCCCGGCGUCCAGUCCUGAGACCGCGCUGUUUUAUGCAGACUCGAGUAGAAGCCAUAAGGAUGACGUGACUACCUAUGGUACGUCUCAAAUCGAUGCUUGGGACCAGAGUUCUUGGACGACCGAGCGUGACGAGGUGUCAACCACCAACGUGGGUCAAACACCAUAUCCUUCUCGCUCACCGUCGUCAGACGAAGUAGAAGUGGAAAAAGUGCCGGCGCCUCAGCCGGUUGAUGAACCAUUCGAUGAUCUGCCUCCGACUCAUAGGCUCAUUAAUUCGAUAGAAUCAUUUGGUCAAGAGUUUUGCGACACACAGGUUGACACAAACAACAAAUACAUCGAACUCCGUCACGUACAAGAUGAUAUUAACAAAAAAUUGAUUGCGUUGCGCAGUGAGUCUCGUGACAGACAAAUCGAAACCCAUAGCAGAUUAGACGUAUAACCU